AUGGCUUUAAGGUACCAAAAGUUAUGUGUGGCGGCCAUUUUUGUCAUCUGGGCAAUUGCAGCAGCACCCCAAGUGACAUCCCGCGAGCUCCAGGAGUUAUCAUUCCGAGAGAGACAUGAGCAAUGGAUUUCAAAGUAUGGGAAGAUGUACAAGGAUGCCGAUGAGAAAGAAUGGCGUUUUAAGAUAUUCAAGGAUAAUGUUGAAUACAUAGAAUCUUUCAAUGCAGCAGGAAGCAAACCAUACAAGCUAAGCAUUAAUGCAUUUGCAGAUCAAACCAACGAAGAGUUCAAGGCUUCCCGGAAUGGAUACAGGAGGCCUAAUGGACUCGGUUCCAGGAAAGAAACACCAUUUAUGUAUGAAAAUGUGAAAGCUGUGCCCACUAGCAUCGACUGGAGGAAAAAAGGAGCUGUUACCUCCAUCAAGGACCAAGGCAGUUGUGGAAGUUGCUGGGCUUUCUCAACAGUUGCUGCCACAGAAGGCAUCCAUGCAAUCAGUAAAGGUACAUUGAUCUCCCUAUCUGAGCAAGAACUAGUUUCCUGUGACACUGGUGGAGAGGAUCACGGUUGCGAGGGUGGAAUGAUGGAAGAUGGGUUUGAGUUUAUAGUGAAAAACCAUGGCAUCAACAGUGAGAAGAAUUACCCGUACGAUGGAGCUGAUGGAACUUGUAACAAAAAGGAGAAGGUCGUCCAUGUAGCUCAAAUCAGUGGUUAUCAAAAUAUUCCAGCUGAUAGCGAGUCAGCAUUGUUAAAGGCUGUGGCAAACCAGCCAGUUUCAGUGUCGAUUGAUGCUAGUGGAGCCGAUUUUCAGUUCUAUUCAAACGGUGUUUUCACGGGAGAUUGCGGAACCGAUCUAGACCAUGGUGUUACAGCGGUUGGCUAUGGCACCACAAGCAAUGGCACCAAGUAUUGGCUGGUGAAGAAUUCAUGGGGCACCUCUUGGGGAGAGGAAGGAUAUAUAAGGAUGCAGCGAGACAUUGAUGCUAAGGAAGGUCUGUGUGGUAUUGCUAUGGAUUCCUCUUAUCCAACUGCAUAA